AUGCCGCGCUCCCCCAUGGACGAAUAUGUCGAGAAGAUGAGGACCAUGGUGCGCCAGAACCGUGGUAGCUUACCCGGUGGCGGUCGACCUCCUGCAGGACUCGGAUUUGGAGUAGGCGCUCUGAUGCUCCUCGGAGGCGGCGCUAUCCUACUUCAGAACUCCCUGUUCAACGUCGACGGAGGUCACAGAGCCAUCAAGUACAAGAGGACAAGCGGUGUCAGCAAGGAAAUCUACACCGAAGGAACUCACUUGGUGAUCCCCUGGUUCGAGACGCCUGUAACCUACGAUGUCCGCGCAAAGCCGAGAAACGUGUCUUCCCUCACCGGAACCAAGGAUCUGCAGAUGGUGAACAUCACCUGCCGUGUGCUUUCCCGACCCGAGAUCCAGGCACUACCGCAAAUCUACAGAACACUGGGACAGGACUACGACGAACGUGUGCUGCCCUCGAUCGUCAAUGAGGUGCUCAAGAGCGUGGUGGCCCAGUUCAACGCUAGCCAGCUUAUCACACAGCGUGAGAUGGUUGCCAAACUUGUCCGGGAGAACCUGUCGAAACGAGCAGCACGGUUUAACAUCGUACUUGAUGAUGUUUCUCUUACGCACCUUGCCUUCUCCCCCGAGUUCACAGCAGCCGUAGAGGCGAAGCAAGUAGCGCAGCAAGAGGCACAGAGGGCUGCCUUCGUAGUCGACAAGGCGAGACAGGAGAAGCAGGCCAUGGUUGUCAAGGCUCAGGGUGAGGCUCGAUCGGCCGAGCUUAUUGGAGAUGCCAUCAAGAAGAACAAGGCAUAUGUCGAGCUGAAGAAGAUCGAGAACGCCCGAUACAUCGCCACCCAGCUCCAGGAGGCUGGUGGCAGGAAUAAGCUGUUGCUUGACUCGGAAGGAUUGGGUCUGAAUGUGUUCAGUGACGACCACCAGAAGAAGGGAUGA